AUGAGACUUGGACCACAUACGAGAGUUACAGCGCUAGUAACUAGUAACAGUUACAGUAGCAAAUUGUUUACUUUUAAUUACACUGUGUAUAUUUAAACUUUUUUAAGCUUGACUUUUAUUUGUAUGAAGAUGCAUCCAUUUGAGGUGAACCAGCACCAAUGCCAGUGCCCAGACUCAGAGGAGAGACAUCCUCCCACCAUCCUGUUCAACAUCCUGAGCCGGAGACACUACAGCAACAGCAACAGCAGUGUGGCUCCAGCAGCGGAUAGACGAGGCCAGUACUUGGUGCCAAAGAUCUGUCACUGUGACCAGCGUCGGACAGUGUGCCUGAAAGACCCAGAGGGCGUCUGCCAAGCUGCCUCCGCCGUUCUUAUCAAGACCAUUCGCUUCAUGACUGGCCUGCCCUCCUUCCGCUACCUGCCCCAGUGUGACCAGUUGGCUCUCCUCCACAACUCCUGGGUCCCCCUCUUCGUCCUGGGCCUUGCCCAGGACAACAUUGAGUUUGAGGUGACCGAUUCGCCGGCUACCAGCAUCCUCAAGAGGAUUCUGCUGAACACCAGCGACAGAGGAUUUGAGAUGGAGGAGCCAGCCAUGCCAACACUGGCCAGAGUACACAAGCUUAAAGCCUGCCUUCACAGACUCAGGAGCUUGGAUUUAAGUCAUAAGGAGUAUGCCUAUAUCAAAGGGGCUUUGCUGUUCAAUCCAGAUGUUCCUGGACUACAAACCCCAGCAUUCAUUGAGGGCCUACAGCAGGAGGCCCACAGGGCACUGCACGAGGUCGUGGUGACCCUUCACCCACAGGACCAGGGGAGGCUGACGCGGAUCCUGCUGAGCACCUCUUCCCUGCUCACCAUUCCCCACAGCCUCAUUAGCGAACUCUUCUUCAGGCCGCUCCUGGGCCAGGCUGACCUCUUCCAGCUGAUGAGAGAAAUACUGUCACUUGGCACUGUUACAAGUGACCCUAGCAUAGAAAGCCAAAGGUCGAAACGCUGUCAGUGACAAGUGGGAAUUAUUUGAAUUCAUUAAUGUGGCCAGGUGGCAAUGUGCAAGAAUGAUGAUGUGUGUAUUCGUCAGUGUGUGUGUGACUGAGAUAUUGUUACUAAAGACUUUUGUACUAUAUAUUUUUAUUAAAAAGAAAUAAAACAAACAAAAAAAAUCCA